AUGGCCGACAAAGUCAACAUGUCUCUGGACGACAUCAUUCGGCUGAACCGCAGCCAGCGGGGCGGCCGCGGCGGGGGCAGGGACCGAGGGCGGGACCGAGGGCGGGACCGAGGCUGGGCCGGCUCCCAGGGAGGCCGCAGUGGUGGAGCGAGCCGGGGCGGCGGGCCCUUCCGGAACCGGGCGGCCCUCGACCCAGGCAGGAACCGGCCGGCGCCCUACAGCAGGCCGCCGAGACAGCUUCCCGACGAGUGGCAACACGACCGCUUCCGCAGGGGCUUGGGCAGGGGCGCCGGCCCGGUGACCGGGGGGAAGCUGCUUCUGUCCAACCUGGCCUUCGGAGUGUCCGACGCGGACGUCCAGCAGCUGUUUGCGGAGUUCGGGCCUCUGAAGAAGGCCGGGGUCCACUACGACCGCUCCGGCCGCAGCCUGGGAACAGCCCACGUGCACUUUGCGCGGAAGGCAGACGCCCUGGAAGCCAUGAGACAGUACCACGGCGCCCCUUUGGAUGGCCGUCCCCUCAACAUCCAGCUCGUCACCUCGCAGAUACACACGCAGCGCAGGCCGGUACAGAGUGUCAACAGAGGCGGGGUGACUCCACACCGAGGAUCUGGAGGCUUGGGCGGCGGCAUGCCGAGUCGUGCCCGCGGAGGCAGCCGGGCUACAGGCAGGGGCACCGGACGCAAUUCAAAGCAACAGAUCUCUGCGGAGGAGUUGGACGCCCAGCUGGACGCUUACAACUCCAUGAGGAGCACCAAAAAGGUGGACGCCCAGGUGAACACUGGCAGCGUGCUGAGGGGCACCAAAAAGUUGGACUCCCAGAAGGACGCUUACAACCCGAUGAGGAGCACCAAAAAGCUGGACGCCCAGGUGAACACAGGCAGCGCGAUGAGGGGCGCCGAGCAGUUGGACCCCCAGAAGGACGCUUGCAGCGCGAUGAGGGGCGCCGAGCAGUUGGAGGACGCCCUGCUGGACGCUUGCAACACCGUGAUGGACACCGAGGAGUUGGAGGACGCCCUGCUGGACGCUUGCGACACGGUGAUGGACACCGAGGAGUUGGAGGACGCCCUGCUGGACGCUUGCGACACGGUGAUGGACACCGAGGAGUUGGAGGACGCCCUGCUGGAAGCUUACGACACGGUGAUGGACACCACCUAA